CGACGUAACAGUGUUUCGUUUUCAUACUCUGUGUUUCACAGCUCAUUCAACUUGGUUGUCACGGAAAUGAAACUUGACAGUGUAGCUCUUCUGUGUUUGAAGGUAAUAAACUGACACUACUUUCGGUGGAGAAACAAAGACUCGCGACCCAUUUCUGCGGGAAAGAUCGCCUCAAAUCUACCGAAAGGAUAUGGACCACGAGUCUAAACAGAAUUGAAUGAUCUGAUGGAUUAAACAAGAAGGAGGAUGUCUCAUGUUCGAAUAUCUCGCUCAAGGCAUAGAGUCUUGCCUGUUAACUUUAAUAACCAUCGAAUACAUCAAACUGAACAUGAACGAGAGUCAAGUGUGGACUCUUUGGCCAGUUCACCUGCCAACUCUGUUCAUUCCACUAUUUCAGUAGAUGGAGAGCAUUUGUUCAUGGCCUCAUCUCACUCCGUCCAACUCCUGACAGGACUUAACAGUCUUCGGCAAGAGGGAUUACUCUGUGAUGUCACUAUUGGGGUAGACGGACAAGAAUUUACAUGUCAUAAAACUGUUCUUGCAUCAUUUAGUCCUUAUUUUAAGGUGAUGUUUACAGGAAACUUGGCUGAAAGCCGCCAAAACAAAGUUUCCAUCAAUGGGGUUGAACCUGCAACUUUCCGCCAGCUGAUUGACUAUGCAUACACAUCAGAAAUUCGAAUAAACAAUCAAAAUGUGCAGGCCUUACUUUCUACAGCUAACUUACUGGAGGUCCUACCUGUCAAAGAGGCCUGUUGUACAUUCCUUGAGAGAAAUACAGACGAGACAAAUUGUCUAGGCAUCCACUGUUUUGCUGAGGCCCAUGCUUGUGGCGAGCUGCAAGACAAAACGAAAGAGUACAUUCUGGACUCCUUCACCACUGUUAUUAAUCAUGAUGAAUUCUUAAACAUUACUUCCAGCAAACUUAUAGAACUCAUCUCCGAUGACAAUUUAAAUGUGGAUAAUGAAGAGAUUGUGUUUGAAGCAGUUCUCAAGUGGCUACAGCAUGACUUGCCAGAGCGAGAAAAGGAGCUGAGUAAAGUGAUGGAGCAUGUCAGGUUGGCUCAGCUUAGUCCAUAUAGCCUUCAUGACAUUGUUGAGCAAAAUAAAUUGGUGAUGAGUUCUCCUGAAUGCCGUGUCUUUGUGGAAGAUGCUAAAACAUUCCAAUUACUUGAGGACAGACGAAAUGAGUUACUGUCUCCACGAACCAGACCACGUAAAUCAACAGGAAGUGCAGAUGUGAUCAUAGCAGUUGGAGGUGAGGAUGAUAAGGUGGUCCUCAGGAGUGUGGAAUGUUUUGAUCUGCAGAGCUAUCAGAGAAGGACCCUGGCAUGUCUGCCAUUUGCUAUCAGUAAACAUGGACUAGUUGUAUCUGGUGGCAGUGUUUACCUGGCUGGAGGAGAAUACCCAGAUGGACUGGCCAGUAAGAACGUGUGGAAGUUUGACCCAGUGUUUGAUGCUUGGCAAGAAGUGGCGCCAAUGAAUGUGCCUCGGUCCGAGCUUGGUAUGGCUGUUUUGGAUGGCUAUAUAUAUGCUGUUGGAGGCUGGGAGGGUACAUCUCGUUUGGACACCAUUGAAAGGUACAGCCCAUCUACCAACAGCUGGUCCUUUGUAGCCUCCAUGGCCAUGGCUCUGACCAGCACAGCAGUUGUGGCCUGUGAUGGAUUACUCUAUGUCACAGGAGGGGCUGUGUUGGAAGAUGGAGAUGGGAUAGAUGUUGUACAGUGUUACAAUCCAAAGACAGACACCUGGACAAACCGUGCUUGCAUGCUCAUCCCAAGAUCAGGCUCCGUAGCCUGUGUGCUCAAUGGAUGUAUCUAUGUUGUUGGUGGUUGGCAUGCGUCCACUGAGAACACAAACAAGGUAGAGUGUUACAACCCCAAAACAAACCAGUGGAUGUGGAAGGCCCCAAUGGUGGAGAGACGGUACAGACCAGGCAUAUCUGUGGUGGAUGGAAAAAUCUAUGUGUUUGGAGGGGAGGAAGGCUGGGAUAGGUACCACAACACAAUAGAGUGUUAUGAUGCAGAGAAUGACAAAUGGUAUAUAUAUGGGGAGAUGCCGACUAGCAGGAGUUGGCUGAGCUGUGUGACAGUGACUAUGAAGAAAUCCCUGUUAGCUUGUGACAGAGGCUCCACCUCCGAGUGUGAAGACUUAUGACAGGGGCUUGGGGAAGUGAUCCUACUGGAAACAUGAUCAUUGUUCAUCACGAUGGUGGAAUGUAGUUCAAUCUCCACACCAGUCUUAAGCUUGACAAGUGUAAAGACAAUACAGUAUUAUUUGUCAUCAACAGAGGUCACUGUUUGAAAUAAGAAAGUCAUGGAAGCAGCUUAUUGUUUAUUUAAUAUAUACCAUGAAUUUAAAUUAGUGAUCAUAGAACUUGAGAAAGGAAUUUAAGGAAUAUUAAAGUUUGUUUAUUAAUGAAGAAUUUUAUAAAUUUGUGGAUUAUGCAUGUAAAAAAAAUAAUGAAAGAAAACAAAAUUCAUAUUGUAAAUUUAAAAAAGUCAAAUGGAUUAAAAUGAUGUAAGACUUAAAAAAGGAAAGUUUGGCUGCUUAAUCUUCUGAAUACUCUAAGCCUAAGGAUCUGAAAGAUACACGUUACAACUUUGAAACACCUAAAUAACUAUCACAAACAAAAUGAUAUUUCUGUUCAAUAACAACAUAGGAUUAUUAGGGAAUACAUGUCAGCCAAGGCAAACUAAUAGUGCUAUUUAGUAUUAUUUAACAGUUGGUCGUAUAUGUAGGUGGAAUAAAAAUGUUCUAAUUGAAGAACUCCCAGGGUUAUAUAAAGCUAAUUAUUUUCUAACUCUGUACCUCUGGGUCUUAUAAAUAUGAUUAUAUGUCAUCACUUGGGGCAGAAGUUUAUUUCGGUGAUUACUGAGGCCUGAGGCUAGACUUAUAUACACUGUUACAUCCGAUAGAAUAAAGAAAAAUAGAAAGAUUAAAAGUUCUAAUAGAAACUGAGGUUGAGACGAAGGUUUUUUUCUGUUUCAUCAAUCUGAAUUCAGUGACCUUCACAUUGUUUUUGUACAAACUUGUCUGGUAAUGGAAAGAGAGCAUAGAGAGAAUUGCAUGUGCUGUGAGUGGUAUGGUAGUGCACGAGAUAAUGGGAUAGGUGAGGGAUGUGACAUAGGGCAGGCAGAUGAGUACUGCAAAGACAAGAGACAGAAUCUGGGCAGUCACUCAUAUUAUGCAGGACUAAAGACUGAGGUAAGUGACAAGUCAUGACUCCAGAAGGGAUACAAGUGAUGAUGUUAAACUGCUUAUAUUGAGGUACUAGCGAGUCCAGUCACCACCUUGCCUGGGGAGUUUACUCCAGCAGCCAGACCCUCACAGGGGAUUACUGCACUACUGGGGGUUGAUCACUCUCCCUUGUCAUCUCCACAGGGAACUCAAAUCUGCUUAACUUUAUGGCUAGAAAUUUUCGGCUAAACUUACCUGAAAGAUGGUAUACUUGUUGUCUAGAGCCAAUUUCAACUGAAUUGUCUUAAACUCAAUAGAUCUCAGUUAAUACAUAUCCAAACAGUUGUGGUAUGAUAAUCAUAGAGGGAUUAUUUUGAACAUUAUAAAAUUCAUCCAUUCAUAUUAUUGUGGUUAAACAUCUCAAAAUAUUUUUCUUCGAAAUUAGAGCCUUAUCAUGCAUUUAUCAUCAGCACUAAAAUCCAAAUACACAAGUGUAUUUAUUCUAGGAUCAUAUUCUAACAGAAUUGAUUUGAAUCAAACGAGGUUAACUCCCUUGAUUAAGUUUGUGUACUGCUUUUUAAUAGUACAUUGAAGUAACUGCUGAUGGUAAGAUCUUGUGUGGAUGUUACAUGGAUGUUUAUAUCUACCUCAUGGCAAGGUAAUCAGAUCAUCUAUGUGUUUGUAAAAUUCCAGUAAAAUGUAGAUAUUUUUCAUACUAACACAUUUAUAUGCUCAGAUAUGUUACAUGAUGAAGAUCAAGAGGAGUUUUCAUUGUUCAUGGAUAAUACAAUUAACAUUAUCAGUAGAAGUAAAAGUGGUUACCGGUUAGAUCCAUGAUUACAUGUACUUUGAUACCGAUCCUUGCAGAAAUGUCCAGUUUGAGAAUUGUGCAGUGCCCUGUAUUGUUUGUGGCAUAGUGAAUCUUGUCAAAUUUGCCAUCGAUGUUGCAGAGAUCUGGAGUAUUGACCUAGGUAAACUGGUGCAUGCCUGGCUUAAUUUACAGUUUUACUUGUCGGUGGUUUUGUCCCUUCUGCUAAGUUUAAACAGGACAGUUAAAUCUGGACUGAAAAUCAUCUUUAUGAACAGAUUGCCAUUACUAGUACCUAGUAUUUUAUGAAAUAGAUGUACUUUAUAAACAAUUAUGUGCAUGUUGAUUUAUGGGCUAGACUGUUGGUUCAAUGUGCUUUAAAUAUGUCGAUGAUUAAUGUAGAUAUUUGUAGUUGAAAAUAGUGCUUGCUAAUUUGGUACAGGGUUGUAGUACUGUAGAAUUAUGUGCAAACAGAAGAGUGGAGAUACUGUAGUUUGUAUCUUUCAUAUCGGUGAAUUUAUCUUUUUUU